AUGACCACUCAGGCCGUCGCGUCGCUACAGGCCGAGGUCAACAAGCUACGCCAUGAACUCCAGACCCUCAAGGUCGGCGGCGAGUCUUCCUCCCUCGCGGACGAGACCUUGUACGUCGGCCAGUACCUCGUAGAGCGGCUGGCGCAGCUCGGUGUUACGAAAAUGUUUGGGGUUCCCGGAGAUUUCAACCUAGGCUUCCUUGACUUCGUCGAAGACCACCCGAAGAUUGACUGGGUCGGCAACUGCAAUGAGUUGAACGCAGCCUAUGCCGCUGACGGCUAUGCCCGCGUUCACGAUGGCAAACUCGGCGUCCUCACCACGACGUUCGGUGUCGGUGAGCUCAGUGCCAUGAACGGUAUCGCGGGUGCUUUCUCCGAGCAUGUGCCUGUGCUUCACAUAGUCGGUGUUCCCAGCACCGGUCAGCAGAAGGCAAAGCCCAUGCUGCAUCACACCCUUGGCGACGGCCGGUUUGACGCAUACUACAAGGUUGCGCAAGAAAUCACGAUCUCACAAGCCACCUUGACCUCCAAAGAGAAUGCUGCCGCCGAGAUUGACCGUGUCAUCACAGAUUGUCUUGUUCUAGCGCGCCCUGUAUACCUCAUGCUACCGACCGAUCUCGCUUAUGAGCGUAUUCCUUCGGCCCGUCUGAAGACGCCCCUCAACACCCAGCCGCCAGAAAACGACCCGGAUGUGGAAAACUUCGUGCUCGACGAGAUCGUCAAGCUGGUAGACGAGGCUCAGAAUGACGUCAUCAUCCUCGUCGAUGCCUGCGCCAUACGACACGGCGUGAAGAACGAGGUCAAGGAGUUGUAUGAGCGGACUGGCUACCCGGUAUACGCUGCACCUAUGGGCAAGACCGCCGUGGAUGAGUCCUACGAACGCUACGGAGGGAUAUACGUUGGCUCCAUCUCCCACGACGCGAUCAAGGAGAAGGUUGAGAACGCGAAGCUUAUCCUUUCCAUCGGGGCGCUCAAGAGCGACUUCAACACCGGUAACUUCACCUACCACAUACCCGUCACACGGACAGUCGAGUUCCACUCUGAUCACACGCGCGUGCAAUUUGCGGGCUUCCCUGGUAUCGGCAUGAAGCGUCUCUUGCCGAAGCUCACCCAGCGCCUGCAACCCUUCAAGGAGGGCGCAGUCGGAUUAGAGGUGGGGAAGUACAUACCCGAAAUCCCGAAGGAGGAUACCGAUGAGAUCACACAAACUUACUUGUGGCCGCGCGUGGGCAAAUUCUUCAAGUCGAACGAUGUCAUCGUAGCUGAGACUGGUACCUCAAGUUUCGGCAUCCUUGACAUACCGCUGCCGGCCGGCGCGACGUUCCUCAGCCAGAUCCUGUGGGGCAGCAUCGGGUGGACUGUUGGCAGCACCCUGGGUGCGGCAUACGCCGCGCAGGACCGUGGCCUUGGUCGCACCAUCCUCUUUAUCGGCGACGGUAGCUUGCAAUUGACGGUGCAGGAGCUGUCCGUCAUGAUACACCGUGGCCUGAAGCCGAUCAUCUUCGUGCUCAACAACAGCGGGUACACGAUCGAGCGAUACCUGCACGGCAUGGACCGCAAGUACAACGACAUUAACAAUUGGAGAUGGACGAAGCUGCUGGAGACGUUCGGCGGCGAAGAGGGCAAGACCGUCAAGUCGUACCAGGUCCGCACCAAGCAGGAGCUCUCCGACCUGCUAGACGACCAGACGUUCGACAGCGCGGAGGUCAUCCAGCUCGUGGAGAUGAUCAUGCCCCAGAAGGACGCGCCGCGCGCGCUCAAGGUCCAGGCGGAGCUCAGCGGGAAGUCGAACCGCUAUGCCGCGGAGAUCCUCACUGAGACCGUCAGGCUCAAGUAG